CCGGGACAUUAUUGUUUGCAGCAUCGCUUUCGAGCAAUUAUAGGGAAGACGGUUAUGUUCUGUUAUCUGCAAUUACCUUUUGUUUAUAACGCGAUGCGGAGCUGGGGACACUUUUGAGGAUCUUUUUACUCCAUUGCAUACAAUAUACAUGAUAUUAGUGCGAUACUAGGACAUAUAUUUUUCAGUAUCGCCUCCGAACAACGCUUUUACAGGAUCAUUGAAGAUAUUGAUGUUCUGUUCUGAAAUUCUGUCGUGUUUAUAACAAGCUGCGGAGUUGAGAACACUUUUGAGGAUCUGUUAACUUCAUGACAUCAGGACUGGGCGCGAUACUAGGCCGUUCUUUUCAGUAUCACCUUCGAGCAAACCUCUAAUAGGGUCUUCGGAAACGUUUAUUUCUUAUUUGAUUCCAUUGUGUUUAUAGCGAGGUGCAGAGUUAAGACCACUUUUGAGGAUCGUCCUACAAUGGCGUCAGGGCUCCGUCCUAAAAGUCCACGCCCAGGGAGAAAGCUCACUGUGGCUGUUAACAUUCCAAAACCUUCUCCAGAGUCCACACGAUUUCUCGAACCAUCCAUGCCCACAGGAAGAUCACCAUCAUCAUCUCUUGCGGCAUUUUCCAACGGGGACGCAUCGAAGAACACCAGCGGGCCCCAUCCUCCACUCUCGCCUCGACCGAUUACCCCGAGUUUUCAUCACGUUCGGUCACCAUACGGAAGUCCUGAUGAACAUCGUUAUCGUCGACAUACUGUGAGUGUGGUCGAGUCGAUGGAGGUUCGCGCACCGACUGUCAAUCGUCACCAUACGUUUCCAGCAUUCGACUUUAAUGAUGAUGACAAUCUCUUAAAAAACGACGAAACUGACCCUGAUGAAACCGAAAAACACCAACCUCUGCCGGCAUCUUCGUCAUUUUUUCAGCAAGCUAUGCUUGAUCUUAAACGGAGGCCGAGUCGAAGUUCGCAGUCAUCUAUCGACGACGAAGACAUGAAAGGGAACACGGCAGCAUCAUCUAGCGCCAGACAUCCUCUACGAACACCACCGGCUAUCGAGAUUAGUCAUAUCGAAGAGAAGAACGAUGAAUUCUCAUUGGACAUUGAGCUCGACGGUCAAAACAGCGAUGAUGAAAUAUUUGGAUCGCAGGGUGACGAAAAUAAAUUGAGCAGCAGCGCGCCGGACUCUUUUCUCCAUGAAACGAAGAAGAGUACAAUUUUAAGACUACAAAUCGCAAAAGCCAAAUUAAGCUCGUCCGAACGAGCACUGAAUAAAUCAUUAAAAUCAAAAGAUUCGUACAAAACCUUUAGUGAGAAAGCGGAAAGUUCCGUUUCGAAGUCGGCCAGGAAAUCGAGGCCGGGUACGCUUUUGAGCGUUGACGUCUCCCCUCUCAACGGUCCUCUCAGGAAGUGGAGAUCGACGGAAGGCUCUUUGCCUGCCCUUAGCACUAUGAUCUCCUCCCGUGAUAAUCAUCAGAAUCACUCUCCAUUUUUAUCGUCACCGAUGAUGAAGAGGAAAGGGAGUGUCCCAGCAGUGUUUCCGAUGCCUCCGAACUUAAAGCAGAGGUCGAGUCUGCAAGACCUGCAAUCAUCGUUUAAACGUGGUGAACAAAAUGGAUCGCCCAAAAUGUCCAGUCUUGCCCCUAGAGCUGCUACCCCUAAAAAACGCCCCUCAUCCGCGUACGAAUCUUCGACGUCGUCAUCUAGCUCAUCCGAUCGCUCUCCGACGGCAUCGCCUCGGACGAAGCCGGAAGCGACCGACGCACCUCAAAGACCAACAGAUAGAAUACAGCAGCAUCGGUCUCCUAUAAGUCUCAAGACAGUGAACAAUUUAACCAAAUUCAUUACCUCAGCGUCGGCCUCGUCGUCCAUCUCGGGCAGAUCUACGAGGAAAAACCUCUUGCCAGACACCGUCACCCUCCCGCCGGUUCUCGACUCCUCCGGUCGACUGCGUGUUCAUCGACGACGGGACGAUUCCAUGCGGUUGGUACGACAGGCAGUCAACAGCGACCACAACGAGUGGAUGGAUAACAGCAGUGAGCAUGACAAGCGGAAAGCGAAGAGUGCGCUAGGUUUCGCCGAGGUUUGAAUCAUCGUAGGAGAUGGAAAGAGAGAGAGAGAAAGGAAGAGGAGGCCAAUAAUAAAGAGGGGGGGUGGAACAGUGGAAGGCUGAUGAUCAAGAAGGAGAUGGAGGAGGGUGAAAAAGAGGAGGAGCGAAAUAGAAAGAGAGAGAGCGUGGUGGGCUGACAUGGCUGAGAGAAGAGGUGGAGAAUGUGGAUAACGAGAAGAAGUCGGAGGAUGAGGGGAAAGAAAGGAGGAGGGAAGACGGAAGAAGAGGCGAAAGAUAUGCAGGAAGAACAAGAUGGGGAAAGGAGAGAGAGGGGGCCGAGGAAGGGAAGGAGGAGGGGAUGGAUAGCUCGGAAGAAAGCGUAUGUCACCAAAUAGGCCCUAAGUCGGCUACCUCUUUGAAAUAGGCCAACGACAUUUCUAUCCUAACUUUGCUUUCUCUCUUAUUGCUGGAAUUAAUUUCCGACGACAGUAGCCGCAGCUUUAAAUAUUAACCAUGUAGAAACAGGCCAAAUCCCGGCUUCAUAAUUUAUAUUUUACUUGGAAAAGUUUGUCGUCCGUCAAAAUGUAUGACGUCAGAAUUGUGUGUCCCGUGAGCUCCAAGUAUCGUUUUGAACACGAGAUCAUACGAAAGUUCGGUCAUCAUGGUUACUUAACCGCAGCUCCCACGCACUUUGGA